GAGGACUAUUAGUAUUGGGCCUUAAAAAGCUGGGAGGGAGAGAUAGAAAGAGAGAAAGAUAGAGAGGCGAAGAAGAGAGGCAGAGAAUAGCAGUGUGUUAAAAUGGCGAGAGCAGCUUGUAGCAGCGUCGUCACGGCUCUGUCUUUGCUACCGUCCAAGUCUCAUCAUCUCUUGAGAAACCAGUUCAGCUUCUCCGGAAAAUCAAACAAGUUCGUGGGAGUUUUGACUCUGGAGAAGCGAUGCUUUUCUUCCACAGUAAGCAUGAGCCUCAAAGCCGGAAUCGUUGGUCUUCCAAAUGUCGGGAAGUCCACUCUCUUUAACGCCGUCGUUGAGAAUGGAAAGGCGCAAGCAGCUAAUUUCCCCUUCUGCACCAUUGAGCCGAAUGUAGGUAUUGUGGCAGUUCCUGAUUCUCGUCUUCAAGUGCUGUCUAAGCUCACCAACUCUCAGAAAGUGGUCCCUGCUUCCAUUGAGUUCGUGGACAUUGCUGGUCUUGUCAAGGGUGCCAGUCAAGGCGAGGGAUUAGGGAACAAGUUCUUAUCUCACAUCCGUGAAGUGGAUUCGAUCCUCCAGGUGGUCCGCUGUUUUGAGGACAACGACAUUGUUCAUGUCAAUGGCAAAGUUGAUCCCACCUCUGACAUUGAUGUCAUCAAUCUCGAGCUUAUCUUCUGCGACUUGGAUCAGAUUGGCAAAAGGCUCGACAGACUUAACAAAGGCAAGCCUAAGGAUUCCCAGUCCAAAGUCAAGGAGGAAGCUGAAAAAUCUGCUCUGCAAAGAAUUCAGGAGGCCCUUCUGGACGGGAAACCUGCACGCUCUGUUGCAUUGAAUGACCUCGAGAAGGACGCCGUCAAGCAUCUCUGCUUGCUUACCAUGAAGCCUAUGAUCUACGUCGCUAAUGUUGCUGAAAACGAUCUUGCCGACCCUGACAAGAAUUCUUUUGUUCAACAAGUUAAGGCUCUUUCUUCGGAUUUGCAGUCUGGUCAUGUCGUUGUUUCUGCUCAGGUUGAGUCUGAGUUAACCGAGCUUCCUCUUGACGAGCGGACUGAAUAUUUGAACUCGCUAGGUGUCAGCGAGAGUGGCCUUGGGAACCUUAUCAGGGCCACAUACAGUCUGCUAGGUUUGCAGACCUACUUCACUUCUGGUGAAAAGGAAACAAGAGCCUGGACGAUACACGCAGGCAUGACUGCACCACAAGCCGCUGGUGUCAUUCACUCUGACUUUGAGAAGGGUUUUAUUAGAGCUGAGACUGUUGCAUAUGAAGAUUUUGUCUCUGCUGGCUCUCUUGCCGCAGCAAGAGAUAAAGGACUUUUGAGAUCAGAGGGUAAAGAGUACAUUGUUAAAGAAGGAGAUGUGAUGCUUUUCCGCUUCAACGUAUAACAGAACCCUGAGAUCUCAGUCACUUUGUUCACAGGUUGUGUUUCUGCACUUCCUCUUUUAUAGCAUCGGAGGUUUCAUUGCUCUUGGUUUCGGUGGAUAUUUUUCUUUCAUUUUUACACUCCGAGAAAGUAAUUUGUUAUGAAGACAGAAGAUGAGAUGUUUCUGGAAAUUUUAUGCAAUAUUCAAUCCCCUUUAUUAUAUGAA